AUGUCAAGAUUGUGGAUUUUGCUAUGCCUGGCUCUGCUUUUGGUUCCCUGGCAGAUGUCUGAGGCCAGAGGAGGAGGGGGAGGGGGAGGUGGACACGGCGGUGGAGCUGGAGGUGGACACGGCGGUGGACAUGGUGGUGGACACGGUGGCGGACGCGGCGGUGGAUUCGGCGGUGGACGCGGCGUUGGAUUCGGCGGUGGAUACGGCGGUGGACGCGGCGGUGGAUACGGCGGUGGAUACGGCGGUGGACGCGGAGGUGGAGGGCGUGGUCGAUACGGGGGCGGUGGAGGAUACUAUGGCUACGGCGGAUAUGGACGCUAUAGAGGCUAUGGAUACGGAGGCAUUUUACCUGUGCCCUUGCCUAUUCCCCUGCCGGUGGCCUACAGCGGAUGCUACUACGACGACUACGGCUACUACACAUGCUGA